CUAAUCGGGGUAAUCAUUCAUCAUCACUCUUCUUCUCUACAACACAGAAAGAAGUAUAGAGUGGGAGCAUAAGAGAGAGAGAAAGUUCUAGAAGGGGAGAGAGGGGCGAAGCCAUGGACGCUUUCAGGAAGCAGCUGGACCAGCUGAUGGGGGCGAACCGAAACGGCGACGUUCGGGAGGUGAGCCGCAAGUAUUACGAUCGCGAUGUCUGUCGCCUCUACUUGGUCGGACUUUGUCCUCACGAGCUCUUCCAGUUAACGAAAAUGGAUAUGGGACCGUGCCCAAAGGUACACUCUUUGCAGCUGAGGAAAGAAUAUGAAGAAGCCAGAGCAAAAGGGGUCGAUAACUAUGACAGAGAUCUGGAGGAUGUCAUAGACAGGCUUAUUGUUGAGUGUGAUAGGAAAAUUGCUAGAGCUCUUAAGCGCCUUGAGGAUGAUGAUGCAAAGGCUGCCAUUGCAAUUUCCGUAUCUGAGGUUACUCAGACGCCCGAGGUUCUUGAGUUAGCCAAGCAGAUUAAAGAGAAAUUGAAAGAAGCUGAUCAAUGUGAUCUUGAAGGCAAGGCAGAUCUUAAGAUUCGAGCUCUUGAGGUGGUAGAAGAACUCAGAACCAAAAGAGCAGACAAGCAGUCCAUGCUUCUUUUGGAUGCCUUCAACAAAGAUAGAGCUUCUUUACCUCAACCCCUGCCCAAUCCUCCACCUUUGGCACCUUUGCCUGUAGUUGCUCCUGAUCCUCGCACACAGGAAAUGAUAAAUGAAAAGUUAAAGAAGGCAGAGGAUCUAGGUGAGCAAGGGAUGGUUGAUGAGGCACAGAAAGCAUUGGAGGAGGCUGAAGCGCUGAAGAAGCUGCCUGCCAGACAGGAGCCUGCUCUUGAUUCCACUAAAUACACUGCUGCUGAUGUCCGCAUUACAGAUCAAAAGCUACGAGUUUGUGACAUAUGCGGAGCAUUUUUAAGCGUUUAUGACAGCGACCGACGCCUAGCUGAUCAUUUUGGGGGGAAGCUUCACUUGGGCUAUAUGCAAAUCCGUGAGAAAUUAGGCGAGCUUCAGGAAGAAAGAAACAAGUCUCGCAAAGUUGAUCGACAGGAUGAUAGAAGAUCAAAAGAGCCAAGUAGGGAGCGGGACAGGGAAUCUAGUAAGGACAGGGAAAGAAGUGAUAGCCAUGAUCGUAGGGAUAGGGAUUAUGAUCGGAGGAGCAGGGACCGUGAUAGGUAUUAUGACCGGGACCGUUAUGAUCGUGAACGUGAUAGAGAUUCAGAUCGUUCCCGAAGCUACGAUUCAAGAAGUCGACACAGGUCGCGCUCAAGGUCAAAGGAGCGCUCCAGGGAUUAUGAUCGCCAUAGGCGUUAUGAUCGGUACUAGGGGGAUCUUCUGCAAAUCCUGUUGAAGCGAAAUUUAUGAUCUUAUCUAGGUUAGUCUUGGAACUUAUGUAGGAAAACAUAAUGUGUUUCUUCCUAAAAAAAAUUUUCUGGACUUGAGCUGCUUUUGUGACCAUAAAGGAAUGCUCUGCUUAGAUUUUCUCACCUUCGUUUUAAGAGGUAUGUUUGAGAGGUAUGUUUUACUCUUUGUUGAAGUUAUUACAAUUCGCAUCCCUACUUACAGCUGCAAUGUAUGUUUUUUCGUUGCUGCACCUGCUGAAAUUUGGCAUGAUUUUGAGAUUUGA